AACUGACUGUAUAGUCUAAGUAUAUCGAUAUCAUUUAAACCGUUAAAAAAGAAGAAGAAUAUAGCCAAAAAACAUGAAUCUAUAAUUCAUAUAAUAAAAGUGCACCUUAUUUAAUUUUGCUUAAACAUGUCUACUCGUUGGUAUCCUUUGUAUCAGAAAGGAGGGCCUCAAUUACGAGUUUUUUUACCAAAUUUCUGGAUGAAACUUGUGAGGCCUCCGCACGCCCAACCUUCUAAUGUUGUAGUAUUUUCAUGUUCAAUGGAAAUGACUAAAUAUGAUAUUAAAAACUAUAUGGAAAAAAUUUACAACAUAAAGUGUGCAGAUGUACGAACUAGAAUUCAUAUGCCGAAAACGCGAAGAGAACCUACUCAAGGAUAUGUUAUUAAGGAUGAUGAUAUUAAAUAUGCAUAUAUAACAUUGAUGAAAGGUGAAGAAUUCCAAUUUCCAGAUUUAUUUGAAAAUAUUGAAAACAAGGAACAUGAAGAUCAUGAGAAAGCUUUGAAGCAAGCCAAAGAAGGUUAUCAAGAAUUUUUAAAUAAAAAUAAAGAUAGACAAAAUAUGCCCGGAUGGUUUACUGUAUAGGUUUAAAUAAUAGAUGGUAGAUAUAGAAUUCAAUAAAAAUGUUUUGUUAGUAUGUUUAAUUAUUUCAACAUAUAUUAAACUAAAUACUUGAGAAAACAAAUGAUCCCUAUAAUCAACUCAGUCAUUCUCUCUGCAUAUAACUUAGCACCAACAAAAUGUUAAUGCCUCUGAUAAAAUUCUAAAACUCUGAUAAAAAAUGUUGAAAUUUCAAAGCAACAGUAACCAUUCUUUCAACUCUGAUACACGAUAUUUUAGUUUAUGGUACACUUAACUUUAAAAUUAACCAACAAGUGCGGUUUGAAGAAAAAUCUUUAUAUACAGAUUGAAGUAGGGGCAUAUACCUUGCAAAAAUGCCCGAGGAUAUGACCAAAAUAUAAAAAUCCCCGGGCAUUUAUGUAUUUCUUGAAAAAUAUUGAAUUUUUGUCAAUUAAUGAUACUUAUUGAUGAAUCUAGUUUAAUAGUAUAUUACUGAUAAAAUUUUUUGUAAAAUCUUCAUAUAUUUAGUUCAAUAAACUAAUUUGUAUUUAUAA